AUGUCGCCCCUGUCGUCAUCGCCCCUGUCGUCGUCGGUGCGUCGUCUCUACCGCGAGAUGCUGCGCGGCGCUUCCAAGUUUGAGAAUUACAACUUUCGCAACUACGCCGUGCGCCGCAUCAAGGAGGACUUCCGCACGAACGCGAAGCUCGCAGCUGGCAGCACGGAACAGAAACACGCUCUCGAAGCUGCGCGCCAGCAAGCCGACAUGCUCCACCGUCAGAUGGUCGUGUCAAAGCUGUACCCGCCACCCGUGAAGAGCGUGAUGGAAACGCUGCAGUAG